AUGUUUGGAUUAAGUGAAGAAGCACUAAGAUGCUUUCCCAACGGCACCAUUGUGGUUCCCAAUCCCAACAUCCGGUUCAAGACGGUAAAUGUGACGUCAGGGACGUGUCGUCUGAGAGUCGCCGUUGUUCACGUGGAAGUUUGGCUGGACCACUGUCAGCUAGAUGCGAUUCACAUUGUGACCUUUUGGGAACACAACAUUUCGGGUCUCGUCACAGUGGACAACUACUUCUCACAGCCUGUCGUCUGCAAACAGAUCCCGAACGAGGGCGUCACGCGUGACGUCAGUGUGGGACUUCACAUCACCGAGGAUAUCCCCAUACCCACGAAAGACGUGGACUUGUUGAACGUUGUCCGCAUAAUAACUCGUCUUGGGGAAGACACUUCCGGCAGGGAGGUCCAAGUGCAGGACGCAAGGAAGAUCCUCUGGGAUUUACAGUUAGCGGAAUUUCGGAUCAUACCUGAUGUGUGCAGCUACAUGUCGGACAUUGGUGUGGUGAUCCUGCAGCAGAACGGAUGCAGUACGUCAUCCAACAAAGUGAGCGACUUUGCCCCGACUGCCGGCGCCGGCGGCCUCCUGACGCUAUUUCCGUUCGGCUUCACGGACCGCGCCGACAGCGCCGUCUCGAUUGUUUGUUCCGUACGAGUAUGUCUCCCUACUAAUACAGAGAACUGCACUGCGAAAUGCGGAUUUGAUGGAAACAUAAACGGAAGACGCCGACGCAGAUAUACCCAAAAGCGCUCUACUUUCGGCCUGAGGUCAGAAGUCGCCACUCUAACGCUUCACUUUGACACGCCGGAUGUGACGUCAUCUACAAACAAGACAUACAUCCCGAUGGCGCCGCCGACAACAUUUAUGUUGCUGCUAAUUUAUGUUAUAUCUGCAAUUUGGUGUUCACAACUAUAAUUGACAGUGGCUGUUGAUAAGAUGUUUGAAUACAGUAAAUGAAAAAAGCCUUUUUUCAAACAUAUUUGAAUGAACAUUUGUAAAUGGAGCGCCAUGUCAAUUGCUAUGGUAAAAACAUGAAAAAACA